CUGAACAGUCGACUCCUAUCUAACAACACCGAAAGUACCGAAACACUCUGCCGAAGAUAUUUAGAUUAGAUCUAAAAACGUGUAUUUUCUCAUCAUCAAACUUGGCUCCAAUUUCAUUUUUUAGGAUGAGUAACUCUACCGUGCUUGGUAGUCAUAACUUUGUUUUACCUUCCUUUUUAUUGUGAAUUUGUACACAUAAGCACGCACCAAACCAAUAUUGAAGGAGCACUCCAACACUCAUCAUUUUGGUUGUAAUUAGUACUCCUAUCUAUUUAAAAUGGUUUUUAAAUGUGUCUCUGAAAGAACUACCAAUACAGAACCAGAUCUAUUGAUGAACGCAGUUAAUGUUUGGAAUACACGACCACACAUCAUAAAUCGGAAACUAGCAGGAGCCAAAAUUCUCGGCAAGUAUCAUUACCUCACUCCACCAGAUUUUGAGGUGACGAUUUCAAAUUUGAGGAACCUGACCCUAGCUAAUUUUGCUAAUGAGUCAGAGCUGAAACUAAGUUUUGCUGAAAACCAUGAUCUUCCUCUUGUGGAGUGCUUGAGUGACAGAUGCGAGCAAUGUGAAAAGAUUCGCUUGGAUCUGAAAUGUCUCAUUUUAAGGAAUCAGUCUAAAAAUCCAAAGACCUAUGAAAUUGUUGUCACAGAUAAUACUGUGUCCCGUGUCCUAUUUUGUGAGCUAUCAAGUUCCUCUCUUGGAGUAUGUUCAGCAUACUAUAUUUCCUUUGAAAAUGAUGCUGUAAGACUGUUCAUUGACUCAGAAUGUUCCUCCGAGGGCAAUCAAAAAUGGCUCAUGGAUGUCUUACUCCCCAAAGUGAUAAAGUGGGCUGAUAACCAAGAAUUUUUCCGCACGAACGCCAAUCUCAAUGCAUCUCUGCGCCUUGUUAGUAUUGAUACGUAUAGUGAGCUUUACAACGUACUCAAAGGAAAGUAUGGCAGAGGCAUUGUCAAGAUUUGGCCAGAAGUCACGGAUCCAUUAAAGUUUGUUUAUGAAGAUGUUGCGAUUGCAACCUAUCUUCUUAUCUUAUGGAGUGCCCAAGGAAAAUUUCAGAAGUUCAUUGAUCUGGGUUGUGGCAAUGGUCUAUUGGUUCACAUUCUCAACAGUGAAGGUCACGAUGGGCAAGGAAUCGAUAUCCGCUCCAGAAAAAUUUGGAACUUGUAUCCUAAAACCACGAAGUUGAAGGCUGAAGCAAUUACUCCAUCUGACAAUACCCUGUACCCAGAGGCUGAUUGGCUGAUUGGCAAUCACUCAGAUGAGUUAACUCCGUGGAUACCAGUGAUGGCUGCCAGAAGUUCGCACAAAUGCAAAUUCUUCCUACUACCAUGUUGUGCCUAUGAAUUCAACGGCAAGAAAUAUCAACGGAAAAAUUCAGCCAAAAGUCUGUACAGUGAUUACAUGGAUUACAUAAAAUUUGUUUGUGACAGUUGUGGUUUUGUCACUGAAAGCGAUAAAUUGCGGAUUCCGUCGACAAAACGUUGUUGUUUUGUAAGCCAGGGAAGAAGUUAUCCGGCUACGGAACAUGUAAACAAGUGUAUUCAGAUUCAAUCUUUUGUUGAUAGAGAAUGUGGAAAAACUAGAGUUCCAUCAGACGAAGAGUUAUCAAGUCCGAAGAAGUCAAAGUGGUCUGCAGAGUUUGUUCCAAGAGAUAAAGAGGAGAGGGUCAAAAACUGUACUAAAGUUGAUAAAGCUGUAGUAUCCAACAUCAUUGCCGUGAUAGUCGAGGAGCUGCUAAGCAGACAAUUUUCAAGGGUUGAUAAGGAGCUCAACCUAUGGGAACCUGAUUACGGGGUGGAAAUCAGUAUGUUAGCUAAACUUAUCCCAAGAGAGGAUUUAGUCAAGCUGAAAAGCGAGUGUGGUGGUCUUCAGACCUUGUUGAGGAACAACCAGGACAUAUUCCAGAUGGAAAAUGGGAAGGUCUUCUUUCGAAAGCCGCAAGUUAGGGAAAAAAAUGAAAACUGGAAACGGAAACCAUGUUGGUUUUUCUACAAUCAUCCUGCGUCCUGUGCCUUAGCUGAUGAAGAUUGUUCUUUUGCUCACUGAAUCUCAUAUGCUCAGCGUUCACUGAAGUGCACUUACCUACGGCUUUUUUGGAACAUUCUGUUUCCAAGGAUCAAAUCUGCAGCCUUGCGCUAAAGGAUUAGCACUACAUCUUUUAGGCAUGAUCAAGCUAUAUAUUGAUGGUCAAAGUGCAAAACCAUGUAUCUCCAUCGGGGUGUUUCAAAAUUUUUGUCCAUUUUUAAUUUUUUCAUGAGGAACAAACCAACUUUAUUACCUGAAAUUUUACAGAAUAUUCUGCAAUUAACAAAGAAAAAUCAGGAAGUUUUUUAAGAAACUAAGUAGACUACUUUUCCAAGGAAAACGUAAAGUAUGAAAAGUUUUUAAGAAACUAAGUAGACUACUUUUUCAAGGAAAACGUAAAGUAUGACAGGAAGUCUAGAAUGUAGCAGACCAAGUUACAUGGUUUUGCACUUUUGGCCAUCGAUAUCUUUGAAAUAAAGCCAUGUCUUGUGGCCCGUUAGGAGGUGCUCUGAUUGUUAUCUUUCUGUUUUAUUUUUUGAAAUAUUUUGUAUUUGAUUUUAGCAGACAAAGAAGAAAUAUACUUUGAGUUUUAAUUGAA